UAUUUAGAAAAUUUGUCCUUUCAAAUUGUUUUUUUUUUUUUACCCAAGGUCAUUAAUUUUACAUUCAGUAUAGCCACAAAAUGUUCAGUGGGCAGGACUGGACUUGUCAAUCAAAACCUUGUCUACUCUUCUUCCUCAUUCUUGUAAAACCUCUGAGGAAAAACAACAUCAGAAAAAGGAGAACAGUGGGCUUGCAACCUUCUUUAAAUUAGGUUCACUUCGACGUGGAAGUUCCUGUCCAAAUGAGCUGACAGUGAACGCAACGCAAUGGCAGACAAGAUCAAAGAUGCAAAAAUCAUCUUCGUGGUCGGCGGGCCCGGGUCAGGCAAGGGCACCCAAUGUGCGAUGGUGGUGAAAAAGUAUGGCUACACCCACUUGUCGUCGGGUGAUCUGCUGCGUGCUGAAGUGGACUCGGGCUCCGAGAGGGGCAAGCAACUACAUGCCAUCAUGCAGAGGGGAGAACUCGUGCCUCUGGAAACGGUACUGGACAUGAUUAAGGACGCCAUGAUCGCCAAGGCCGAUGUGUCCAAGGGCUUUCUCAUCGACGGCUACCCCCGCGAGUUGAAGCAGGGCGAGGAGUUUGAGAAAAAGAUUGGUAAACCGUGCCUACUACUGUACGUGGACGCCAAGUCGGAAACCAUGGUCAAGAGACUCCUGAAGCGCGGCGAGACCAGCGGCCGCUCCGACGACAACGAAGAGACCAUCAAGAAGCGUCUGGAUCUCUACUACAAGGCCACCGAGCCCGUCAUUGCUUUUUAUGAGAAGCGCGGCAUUGUCAAGAAGGUGGACUCUGAACUUCCGGUGGAGGAGGUCUUCACCCAGGUCUCCAAAGCUAUUGAUGCACUGUAGUUAAAAAGGAAAAACAAAACAAAGAAAAAAAAAAACCCAAUGAAAAUAGUCUUGUUUGUUGAUUUGCGUUUCCUGUGACUGCCACCAAGGCUCAUCAUUCAUCCACUCAUUCGCUGCCUUGCAGCAAGCAACUCGUCGCCAAAAAGCAAAACAAAACAAAAAAACCCCAACAACACGCCAGCCGCUGUUUGGGUGCAUAUGGGUAUUUUCAACAAACUUGGAAUUCACAGUCAAGCAGCCACAUGGACAUGUGCACCCCUCCACACACAAAAAAAUGUGAAACUAGAGUACAAAUGUGAUAGAAGACAUUUACCAACACUGCAAAUUUAUAACAGCUUAAUCAGAUAAUUCUUAAAUCUAGUCAAAUAGUUUUCUCCAUCUUGUUUUGAGUUAAAGACUAGCAAUCAGAUUAAUGCGUUCGAUUUUUCCACCUUAAGUAUUUUUUUCACCUAGAUCAAGAAAAAAAUGCUUUAUUCAUUCUUGAAUUAAGAACAUUUCUGACAAACUUUUUUUUUUUAGAUUAAAUCUACUAAUUUAUUGCUUAAAAUAAAUCUGUUGAUCUUAUUUUCAGCUUGCUAUUUUUCUUAUUUCAAGAAAUCUAAGUGAGUAAAAUUUACUUGAAGCACUGGCUGAUAAUUUUCACUUAUUUUUUAGUACAGUGGUACCUGUAUUUACGAAAUUAUUCGGUUCUGAAAGUAGUUUCGUAACCCGCAAAUUCUGUAAGUAGAGACUAGACAUGUGCCGAUUACCGGUUUCAAGGUAUACCAUGGUAUACAAACGUUUUAAAAUCACAAAAAUUUUCCGUCAUACCGUCCCUAAGGAAUUAGCUAUUUUUUUAUGUCCCAAAAAUGCAUGGAGAAAUCAAUCGCUUGCAGCUGCAAUGCUCGACCCUUCCCCACCAGUUGUUGCUCAGUGUCAGUGAGUCAGCUGUGCUACACGAUGGCUGGAGGAAGUGAAACUCCUGAACUUUUACCCCCAUCGAAGAAAACGAAAUCGCUGGUAUGUGAAAACUUCGGCGACAGAAAAGUUACAGACGGCCCCGGCUCAGAGGAGGAGGGCCAACAGACAUGGAAAACAUGUUUGCGAAUAUGAUUUCGUAUUUAUACAACAUUACAGGUUAGUAGAGACUGUCAUGAAUGUUUCCCACCAGCUACGAGAGUUAUCUCCAGUGUGUUUAGUGUGUCUAGCUGUGGUAAAACAUAGUGUUUUUCUCUCUGGCAACUGCCUGUGUUGAGAAAGAGAGUAUGAAUUAUGUAAUUAUGAGUCAUACACACGUGCUUUUUAUGGAAAAUAAUUCAAUUAUUUUUGUUCUAAUGGUAAUAAUGUUGAGUUGUUGUUGUGGGUAUAGGCUCACCUAAAGGACUUAAUUUAUUUUAAUUUUAGUUAGAAUAUACCUUUUAUAUAACAUACUGUGUAUACUACGAUGUUCCAAUUUGCUAAUAUGUUUUGAAAAAUAAACAUUUUGUUCAAUUGAAUUUUUUUAAAAAAACCUAGAUAUUUCAAAGUAACAAAUUUUAGAGCAAUAAUUGUUACACUGCGAAACCGUGAUAUUUUGACUUAAGGUUAUCAUACCCGUCAGAAUAUCAAACCGGCACAUGCCUAGUAGAGAUGCUUUUUCCAUGCCAAUGCCCUAAUCUGUUCCAAGACUCCCAAAAUUCAGACAAAUCUUUUAUAAUGCAUAAAAAUGAAUCAAAACAUGUAAAAAAAAAUAAAAUAAAAAAAUCUUACAAUUAGAGUAUUGCACAAUAAACAUAGAAUCUGAGUUGAGCUUAAUGUAAAAAAAAAAAAACAAGAAGAGUAAAAGUUAAUA